GACUCACCGCAGCUGCAGGAUUGUUGUCAUGUUUUUCUGUGGCUAGCCUUCAGCGCUAGCUAGCCGCUUGGUUUUUCUCUCCAACAUACUUUGAUCCAGCAGGAUGUUAGGAUGGAGUGUGGCCCAGUUCUGCCGGACAGCCUGGUGUUGGAGAUCUUCCUGCAUCUGCCCCAUGAUGCCGUGCUCAGAGUGGGUCUGACCUGCAGACAGUGGCUGGCUGUCUCCAGAGAUGAGUUCCUUUGGAGGAAGCUGUUCUACAGCUACUACCGCAUCCCACGUUCUGUACCCCGACACCCAGCGGCGGUGUCAUGGUACAGGGAGUUCAGGCGCCUGUUCGACUGUAUCCCCUGUGUGGAGGUGCAGACGCUGAGAGAGCACACUGACCAGGUCCUCCACCUGGCUUUCUCUCACAGGGGUCACCGCUUCUCCUCCUGCUCCAAAGACUGCACCGUCAAGCUGUGGGACACGGAGCGGCUAGACGGUAAUAUCGCGAUGGUGCACAGCUCCAGUAUGCGUCAGUUUAACUGGGGCUACACCCAGUUCUCCCAGUUCAACGCUGACGACACCCUGCUGCUUGUGUCUGGUGUCUACAUGGGCCCACACAACUCCUCGUCUGGGGAAAUCGCUGUCAUCAGUCUGGACAAUUACACGCUGUUGUCACGUGUGAGGAACAAGCCGUACGAUGUGUUUGGCUGCUGGCUGAAUGAGUCCCACCUGAUCUCUGGGAACCUGCAUUGGAUCGGCAACAUGACGUCCUGCUCUGUGCUCUGGCUCAACAAAGCCUUCCAGGAUGUUGAAUCGGAGAACGUCAACGUAGUCAAGCGCCUUUUCAAGAUCCAGAACGUCAACGCCAGCACCAUCCGCACGGUGAUGGUGGCCCACUGCCGCCGACACGACAACCCGGACUUGCUGCUGGACUACGAGGCCCAGUCCCAGGCCCGGAGGCAGAAAGGGCAGCAGCAGCAGCCACAGCAGCACCAGCCCCUCCUCUUCGACCUGGGAACCUCCGGCAGUGAGGAAGAAGACGAGGAAGCGGUGGGGGGCGAGGAAGCGAGGCUUCCCACUGCUCGCUUUCCUCAGCCCUCCAUCUCAGGCCUGGAGCACGUUUUACAGAGUUGUAAAAAUGUAGGGCACACGGAGUUGGCGAUUGAGACCCACGUGGCAAAGGUGAUGGGCAGAGCCCACACGAAGGCCCCUGACUCCAGCCUCAUUGAGCCCUCUGAGCCCGGAGACGGAGAGGACAAAACUUACUUACUCUUCACCACCGGCAGCCUUACGUACUCCCCUCACCAGAUAGGUAUUAAGCGGAUCAAGCCUGACCAGAUGACCACCUGUGGUCCUGUGCUCGGGGAAGAGCGGAGUUCAGAUGAGUUUUUUGAUUCCUUAGACCAUGUUAUUGAUAUCCAUGGACACAUCAUUGGGAUGGGCCUUUCUCCAGACCACAGGUACCUUUAUGUGAAUAGCCGGGCUUGGCCAGCCGGGUGUGUGAUCUCUGACCCCAUGUCUCCUCCUCCCAUUGCCGAGGAGAUUGACCUGCACGUCAUCGAUCUGAAGAGUUUGAGGGAGGAGAGAAGGAGCCUGCGCGCUCACCGAGCCUUCACGCCUAACGAUGAGUGCUUCUUCAUCUUCCUCGACGUCAGCAGAGACUUUGUCGCCAGCGGAGCAGAGGACAAGCAUGGCUACAUCUGGGACCGUCACUACAACAUCUGUCUGGCACGUCUGGCACACGACGACGUGGUGAACUCGGUAGCGUUCAGCCCCGCUGACCAGGAGCUGCUGCUGUCUGCCAGCGAUGACUCGACCAUCAAGGUGUGGCGCUCGCCGCGCAUGGUCCGCCUGGCGCAGGCCCCCAGCCGGCUGCUGAGGCCUCGCAGCCUUCUGCCGUCCUGGCUGAACCGCAACAAGAACUCCACGGCUGCCAGCAGCGUGAAUGGAAAUCCAUUAGUCAGGUUGGGAAAACACUUGAAGUGGGACGGGGCGGCGGCGGGGGGGGAGGAGGAAGUGUGAUCUUUUUCCUCUGUGGUGUGAAUAUAUAUACAUAUAUACACUCCAUGAAUAUGUACAGUGUGGUUAAAGUCAGUGGUUUUGCUUGAGCUCACGGUGUUGUGUCACACACACACACAGCAGCGCUAAGUGUCUUCAGCUAACAGGAGGCGGGAUGCGACUCAGCAUUUACGACACAAGAGAGAGCUGUUGCACCAGCAAAGGAGAGACAUCCCCACAGUCUCUUGUUGUGCUGUUGACAGGAGUGAUAAGACAUGUUCUCACAGGUAGAGAUAGUGUAGAGCUGCACAGGACGGACGCCCAAAACGUGUUUGUUUUGUUUUUUUAUCUGUAAUCAUUGCGUACGAGCAGGUCGGGACUCCUGCGCUGUGUAAAUGUACGUGAAGCCCCGCAGAGACGAAACCGUACGAUCGCGGUCGUCAUGUGCUGUGACUGAGAACUACUGCAGAAAUGUAUUCUCUUAUUAAUGGAUAUGUCCAGUUAAACACCCUAGAACUCAUUGUUUCAGAUAAUUAUAAAACUAUUUAAAACCUAAAGGGAAGACAACAGUCAGCCUUGGUUUUUUUAAUUACAUCCCGUUGUUCGAUCGCUCUAUUCAAAGUAGAAUUCUUGAGUAAAUUAAUCUAGAAGAGUCGACGAAGUACAGUUAGCGUGAAGCUCGACUGUGAACAAAAGAUUUUGUUUGUGUAGCUUCUUGUUAUUUGGACCGAUAUUAUGUAAAAAUGUAUUUAUACACCUUUAUUUGUUUGUAGCACAAAAAUGCGCCCUUUCAUUUUGUCAAAAGACUCUAAAGCGACGGAUGAAUCUCAGAAAAGUGUCCCGGACGUUUUUUUAAUUAAAAAAAUAAACAUUUUCUUUCCUCAUCCUUACAUAUGGAAAGCCCUUCUGAGUACAACUGUAACUAUAUUAAAGCUGCCAUUCUGUUGGAAGAACAGAUUAUACACCGAGAACAAUAAAGACAAACAUUUCAAGUCACAGAGAUGUCACCUCAUUGAAUCAUGAUAGAUGUGUCGUGCACCUUAAAAGGACGACCAGUGAUGCACACAUAUACAAAGUGCUCGUACAGAUCAAUGUCACCUGUUGGCUCGUUACUUGGCCAAAGUUAAUUGGUUGCAUUUUCACGCCAUAUUUUUUGAGAAACUUAUUCACGUCAUCAGUUGAUUCUUACCAACAAUUGAACAAUAUUUUUCCACGUUUGAAAUGUGUGUAAUAAGUCAUGAACGUUAUCUUUGGUUCCCUUUGGAUACUGUAGCACCGUUUUUGUUAAUUGUGUUUUCCUGUCGUCUAAAGUCAUUUUCAAACUCUCUGAAAUAAUAAAGCAUGCCCUGAAAUGCUCGACGUCUGCAAACGUGUCAGAUUAAUAUUCCUUUCUUGGUACAUUUUUUGAGACUUUUUUUCGACAUACUAUGACUUUUUUGUGACUUUUGACUCCUACUAUGACUUAUUACUGAUUUUUUUGCACAUAAUAUACUAUGACUUAUUUCAACAUACUAAACUAUGCCUCUUUUUCGACAUUCUAUAAUAUGACUUUUUUAUGACUAACAUUCAACCAGUGGAAGCAGAGAGACGUAAACAAAAAGAAUGGCACGUGUGUGUUCAGCCUGUCGUAUUAAAUUUACGCAGAAACAUUAAAGAUUAAAGAUGGAACAAAAACAACACAUGAGAUCACAGGAUACUUUUUUCGACAUUCUUUUUUAUUGAUUUUUUUCAACAUAUCAUACGAUGCCUCCUUUCAACAUUCUAAGCUAUGCCUCCUUUUCGACAUUCUAUAAUAUGACUUUUUAUGACUUUAAUAACAUUUUACAACAUACAUUUUUUCAACAUACCAUACAGUGAGUUUUCAUGACUUUUUGCAAUUUAUUAAACAAUGAAAUUGUUAUGACUUUUUUUAGCUUAGUAUUUUGACAGCCCCUCCUUUCCAUCAGGGGUCCGUGUCCUGUUUGCCUGCUGCUCUUUGUCUUGCAGGAUGUUGAUCAUCGGGAUGUUGAUGCCUGAUGUUCCAGGUUUCAAAGCUCAGCACAUGAACAUGAACCCUCUCUUCCUUGUCUGACACAACUGCUGUUCUGUUUCGUUUGCUCCAGACAUGUUCACACAUGCUGACAAUGGGAUACUUCAAAUAAAUGUGUUAUCACUGUUGCACUUGUCUAGUCUCCCAUUUGUGUAUCAGCCUUUGAGCGUUUCACCAUACUAUCACUUUCAUUAACAUACUAUACCAUGACUUUUUAAUGACUUUUUUUCGACAUGCUGCAGCUAUACUAUAACUCCUUUUCGACAUUCUAUAAUAUGACUUUUCUUUAAGAUACUGACUUUUAAUAACUUUUUAUACUUUUUUUGUCUUGUAAGGCAAGAGUCUGGAAGACGGUCAAAUCAGACAGUAACAAACAACAAAUGAAAACUCAGGGCUCAAGGCCUUCGGGG